AUGGCUUCUUCUUCAUCUUCUCCCAUGGCUACUGCUCAACCUUGUUUUAGUUAUGAUGUUUUUUUAAGUUUCCGAGGUGAAGACACCCGUAAGAGUUUUACAGAUCAUCUCUAUACAGCCUUGAAGCAAGCAGGACUCCGCACUUUCCGGGAUGAUGAUGCAAUGGAGAGAGGAAAACUGCUGGAGCCAGAGCUAAAUAAAGCCAUCCAUGAGUCAGCACUUUCACUCAUUGUCUUCUCCAACGACUAUGCAUCCUCUGAGUGGUGUCUCAAUGAGGUUAUGAUGAUUAUUAAGGAACACGAGACUUUGUCCGUUAAACAUGAAGUUGUACCUGUGUUCUAUAAAGUGGAACCAUCUGAUGUUCGAAAUCAAAGAGGAAGCUUUGAAGACGCAUUUGAUGCGUAUGAUGAUAAAAUCAACGCAGAGACAGAUCUUGAAAAGAAGAAAAAAUUGUUGGAGAAGGUGGGGGCAUGGAAGGAUUCUCUUAGAAAAGCUGCAACUUUAACAGGAAUGGUACUUGGGGAUGGGUACGAGUCCGAAUUCAUAAUCGACAUUGUGAAUGUUAUAAGAAAGAAGCUGGACUACAAGGCCCUAUACAUUGAGGAGAAAUUAGUGGGAAUAAAGGACGACGUUGAUGCGAUCGAAUCAUGGUUACAAGAUCCGUCACCUGAUGCAGUAGUCCUUCUCAUUGCAGGGAUGGGGGGCAUUGGGAAAACAACCAUAGCCAAAUGCAUAUUUAACACAAACUCUAGUUUCUAUGAGGGCAGUUGUUUUCUCGCGGAUAUUAAUAAGAUGGUGUCGAAUCAAGAUAAGGAAAUGUGUCGCUUGCAGAGUCAGCUUCUUUCCACAAUUUUAAAGAGUGAUAAGGAAGAAAUUGUAUGGAAUGUUCAUGAAGGAACCAACAAGGUUACGAAAGCCAUAUCCAACAAAAAGGUCCACUCUGUUGGAACAUUAUCAGCGGAUGACGCUAUUGAGCUCUUUAGUUUGUAUGCCUUUCAUCAACAUCAACCCGUUGAACCCUACAUUAGCCAAUCACAAGUAUUUGUUCACCACUGCAAGCGCCUUCCUUUGGCUCUUAAAGUAUUGGGGUCGUCCUUAUGUGGUAAGACAAUUGAUGAAUGGGAAGAUACAAUGCGCCAGGUGGCAGCCAAUCCUGAUCCUGAGAUUCAGGAAGUUCUAGAAAUAAGUUAUACAAAUUUGAAAUGUGACACUGAUAAGUCGUUAUUCUUGCAUAUUGCUUGUUUCUUUGAGGGCGAGGAAAAAGACUACAUUGUAAAAUUACUGGCCCAAUGUGAUCUAUACACUGUUGUUGGGAUCAGGAAUCUGAUGGAUAGAUGUCUGGUAUAUGUUGAUUCAAUUGGGAGAGUGAUGAUGCAUCAAUUAAUCAAGGAGAUGGGACGAGAAGUUGUUCGCAAGGAAUCACCAAAGGAGCCUGGGAAAAGAAGUAAAUUGUGGCACCAUCAGGAUUGUAUUGAUGUGUUGCAAGACCAAUCCGGUACAGGAAAAGUUGAAGGACUCAUGAUUGAUAUGCAAAAGACCGAGGAAGCUGAAUCAACUUCAGCUAUAACUAUAAAUAAUCCAAGGAAACAUAGCUUAGAAGGCAAAAGAAUGCAUGGAAAUGAUGCAAAUUUCGAAAUUGGUGCGCUGGAAAAGAUGAAGAACUUAAUGCUACUUCAACUAAACUAUCAAACUAAACGUGUUUGGGAUGACUUAGAGUUUACUAUUGGAUCCCUAAAAAUCCUUAAUCUUAGCUAUUCUGUUGAGCUGACCAAAACCCCUGAUUUUCGUCGACUCCCCGGUCUGGAGAGUUUGAUCCUUGAAGGUUGUUCAAGUUUGAUCAAGGUCGAUGAAUCGAUUACAUACCUCAAAGAACUAGUCUUGUUGGAUCUAAGUGAUUGUAGAAGCUUAAGAGAGUUUCCAUGCUUACCUACAUCCAUUGUAUCACUUCGAACGUCUGGUUGUGUAGUUCUUGGACAGGUUCAAAGCUUGGAUUUGGUACCAUCAUUGUCUGCUUUGGUGGAAAUGAAUAUCUCAUAUUGCAAUCUCUCUGACACUUUUUUCCCAAAUGACUGGAGUAGUCUGGUUUUACUGGAGAGGUUGAAUAUAAAUGGAAACAAUAUAACUUUCUUACCAAAUUGUAUUCAAACCCUACCUAUACUUGAAUUCCUUGGUGUUGAAAAUUGUUCAAAUAUCCAAUCAGUUCUAGGUCUGCCAGAAUCCCUCGGAUUCUUGUCUGCCGAGAGCAAUAACUCCUUGGAAAAAGUACAGCUUCCAGAUAGUCAGACCCCAAUGAACUACAGGAACUGCCCAAAGUUGUGUGAGAUCGAGGGUCGUUGGAAGGUUCGAUCAAUAGACAAAGUUGAUAGGAAAAUCAUAUGCUUUCUGGGCUUAGAAGUAAAUGCGAAAGCGGGUGAAGGAAUGGAGUUGGGUCUUCAGGUUUUACAUGAGUUUGGUAUAUUCAGCACAUAUGUUUCUGGAAAAGGAAUCCCUUCCGACUUUAUGUAUAAAGAAAGGGGCCCACAAAUUUCAUUCCAAGUUCCUUCGCAUAAUGAUAGAUCGAGAAUACGUGGCUUCAAUAUGUGUGUUGUGCUUUUUCCAUCAAGGAAAUAUGAAUAUUUUAUUUUGUGGAUAAAUGUACAUAACAUUACCAAGGAUUGUUUGUGGGAUUACCAGAGAGGUCUUCAGAAAAUCCCUAAGAAUGUGGAAAAUUAUGCAUGGUUGAGCCUGUGGAGGUGUGGUAAUCUAUUGGAGGCUGGAGAUCAAAUUCUCAUAAACAUCUAUGAUCUGGAAGCACACACUAGGAAUUGGAAAAUAGGGGGUGAAUAUCUUCAUCCGGAUGUAGAGGAAUGUGUUAUAAACCUUAUAUAUGAAGAUGAUGAUGAACAACAAUUACUUGAUGGGGAAACAAAGGAGGCUCAUAACGUUGAUCAUAUUUCAUGGACCGACAGAAUGGGUAAAGAUAUAUCGGAUUAUGUUUGUAGUGGGGGCAGGCAUAGCUCCGUGACAACCACCACUCCACUCCACUCCACAUCAUCCUCCACGUUGGUUCCUACGUGUGAAUUUGCUACCAUACCGGUCGCCUGCCACAAGUAGAAUCGUCGGAGACAACACCGACCAGCUGUCAAGGAGACAGAGUCUGCCCUUGUUUUCCAUCUUCUCCUCUUUUCUAACUUGCCGGAACUGCUACUGCUUCCACAUGUAUGUUUUAUUUGAAGUUUGUUAGUUUACUUUUGUGUUAAUAGGUUUGGAUGCAAAUCUUUAAUUAGUUAGUGUUUUGCCUUUUGAUUGAGUUUUUAAUUAGUUUUAUGAGUUGUCGGAGUGCUAAUAUUGUUAAUUUAUAUUAGCUUUUACUUUUAUGUUGGUGGAUGUUUAUGUUAAGAAAAAGAAAACUAGUAACAUGUUAUUUGUUUUUUGUUUUAUAAAUAUAUAAACAGGUUCUUUGACAAUUUUUAUUAA